AUGUUCGGCAGUGGCUUGAUGUCGUGGCUGAGGCCCUCCGAGGCCGUGCCCGAAAGCAAAUGGAACCCUGAGACCCUGACGAUGGAGCAGCCUGCUAGCCCGUCCGGUCCCUCCAUGGAGCGCGUCAUUACUGAGCAACCGCGCACCGGAGAGUCCAUGCAGCUGCAGAUCCGCGGUGGUGUUGCGCUGGUGUCUGCUGCUUUGAAUGCUGCGAAUGCUGCUGCGAUUGUUGCGGCGACGACGGCCCGGAUGGUCCUCCCCCUCCUCCUGGCCCGCCCGGACCUCCAUGAGUGA